ACGGGAAAGUUGUUUUUUUUUUUUUUUACUUCAACCAAGAAUUACGUUAUUGCAACAAAUAAAACAUGGCAAAUAAUCAACCACAACAGUAUGGACUUAUAUUAACGAAUAAGAAGCAGUUGUCUGCACCAAAAAUUGGAAAUAUUUUUGGCAACAACGACGAUUCCGAAGAAGAUGAGGGAACUGACUGGGUAAAAAAAGCUCUGAAAGCUGAGCAUGAGAAGAAUAAGUCCAAAAAACAGACACAGAUAAGCUUGCAAAAGGCACUCAAAGAAGAUCCAACAGUAUUCCAGUACGAUGAAGUUUAUGAUGAGAUGGAGCGCACCAAAGAGGAAGAAAUAAAUGCUUCCAAGAAAGUUGAAAGAAAGUCUAAAUAUAUAGAUAAUUUGCUGAGAAGUGCAGAGUUGAGAAAGAAAGAGCAGGAGUUACGGAAGGAUAGGAUGAUUCAGAAGGAGAUUGAAGCUGAAGAUGCCAUGUUCCCUGAUAAGGAGAGAUUUGUAACUUCCAGUUACAAAGCCAAGUUGGAAGAAAUGAAACAGUUUGAAGAGGAGCAAGCCAAUAAAGAUAGGCUGGAAGCCAUAACCGAUGUAACUAAACAGAAAGACAUAUCUGGAUUUUACAGACAUCUGUACAGGCAGACCGUGGAAAAGAACAAAGCUGAUUUGGGAAUAGUUCCUGAAGUUAAGAAAACUAGUGAUAAGAAUGAAAACAGACAAGAGCUUCACCUUGACCUUGAUAAAGAUGAUUCUAUUCCAUCAGAUUCUGAGUCCAAGGAAAGUGAUGAGUCGAAAGAUGAGGAGAAGAAAAAAAUUACCAAAAAGUCUGCACUGGCUAAGGCUAAAUUAAACAGGCAGUACAGGAAAAGAGCUCAAGAACAGUCCGCAUCAGAGUCUGAAUCUGAGCCUGAAUGUGAAAAUGAGGCAACAGAAGGCUCUACUAAAGAGAAAGAAAAACCUGAAGAGAAACCAAAAUCAGAAAUUGUUGCACCUGCUAAGAAGCAAAAACUGUCUGAUGGAUCUGAGGAAAAUAAAGCACAAGAAGCAAAGAAAUCUCCUGUGGUUGAUAAAACUGAAAAACAAAGCAAAAAGACAUCCGAGGAAAAAGUAAAAAAUAACAUUUCAAAGGACGUUGAAGAUAAAGAAAAAAAGAAGUCCAAACCAGAAGUACAGAGGAAAGUAAAUAUAUGGGUAAAGAGAACUGUUGGGCCUACUUUUGAGGCUGCUCUGCAGAGGUAUCUCACCAGAAAACAGCAGCGGUUAGCUGGAUCCUAGUGCAUAAAUUAGUUGGACAAUUGUAAUUGGAAAAUUUAGAAUUUUUAAUUUUUAAUUUAACGGUAAUGUAAAUAUAACAAUUAUUUUCGUACAAAAAACUUUCUUUUAAUUUAUUCAAUUUCUUAAAGUAAACAUUAAAAGGAGCAACUAUAUAGCGAUUCAUUGCAACAAGAAGAUAAAAACGCGUAGAAGAUAGUGAUUCUGUGUACAUGUUUUAAAUUUGUAAAUAAUCUCUUCGCGCUACUAAGAACAAAAGGCAUUGAAUGGACACUUAAUAAGUGACGACGAGGUCUUCUAUAACGAAUGCAUAUAAUUAAAAUACGCCCCUGUAACACUGACAUACACGCAUAAAUUCACAAGUUAUCCAGUUGGCGUCAUUAUCUUGUCUGUUGGCUCUU